AUGGCCAACAGCUCUUUUCGUGGGUCCAAACAUGGCCGCCGUGCCGAGGCCAACCAUGACACAGAGUUUAGCUGCUCGUUGCAGGAGCUGCGGUCGCUCAUGGAGCUGAGAGGAGCCGAGGCGCUGACCCGGAUCCAGGAGUCCUACGGAGACGUUAACGGACUCUGUGCCAGACUCAGGACUUCACCUGUCGAAGGUUUAGAUGGAAACUCAGAGGACAUCGACAGAAGGAAAGAGGAGUUUGGACAGAACAUCAUCCCUCCUAAAAAGCCAAAAACCUUUGUGCAGUUAGUGUGGGAAGCCCUGCAGGACGUCACGCUCAUCAUCCUGGAGGUGGCUGCCAUCAUUUCACUCGGCCUUUCUUUCUACAGACCGCCAGACGCUGAGAGACAGAACUGCGGCUCGGCGGCGGGCGGCGUGGAGGACGAGGGCGAGGCAGACACCGGCUGGAUCGAAGGCGCCGCCAUCUUGCUGUCGGUGGUUUGCGUCGUCCUGGUAACGGCGUUUAACGACUGGAGCAAAGAGAAGCAGUUCCGCGGCCUCCAGAGCCGCAUCGAGCAGGAGCAGAAGUUCACCGUGGUGCGAGGGGGGCAAGUCGUCCAGAUCAAAGUGUCCGAGAUCGUCGCCGGUGACAUCGCACAAGUGAAAUAUGGUGACCUCCUCCCCGCCGACGGCGUCCUGAUUCAGGGCAACGAUCUGAAGAUCGACGAGAGCUCUCUGACCGGAGAGUCGGAUCAUGUCAAGAAGAGUGUGGACAAAGAUCCCAUGUUGCUUUCAGGGACUCAUGUGAUGGAGGGCUCUGGGAAGAUGGUGGUUACUGGUGUGGGGGUGAACUCUCAGACUGGGAUCAUCUUCAAGCUGCUGGGAGCCAGUGAGGAUGGAGACGGUGACAGCGAGGACGAGAAAAAGAAGAAAGAUAAGAAGAAAGAGGACCGCAAGAAGAAAGAGAAGAAGGACAAGAAAAGGAGGAAGGAAAGGAAGGAAGGAAAGGAGGGAGGAAGGAAGAAGGAAGAAAAAGAGGAAGGGAAAAAGAAGGACGGACCCACCGUGGAGAUGGAGCCUCUCAACGAGGACGGAGAACCAGAGAAGAAGAAGUCGAAUCUUCCCAAGAAGGAGAAGUCAGUCCUCCAGGGGAAGCUGACCAAACUGGCAGUGCAGAUCGGUAAAGCAGGUCUCUUCAUGUCAGCUCUCACCGUCCUCAUCCUCAUCACUCGCUUCAUGAUCGAUACCUUCUGGAUCCAGGGAGUCCCCUGGGCCAGCGAGUGUCUCCCCAUCUACAUUCAGUUCCUGGUCAAGUUCUUCAUCAUCGGUGUGACUGUGCUGGUGGUGGCCGUCCCUGAAGGUCUUCCUCUGGCCGUCACCAUCUCUCUGGCUUAUUCUGUCAAGAAAAUGAUGAAAGACAACAACCUGGUCCGCCACCUGGACGCCUGCGAGACGAUGGGAAACGCCACGGCCAUCUGCUCCGACAAGACGGGAACGCUCACCAUGAACCGCAUGACGGUGGUGCAGGUCUACAUGGCAGGACACCACUACAAGAAGGUGCCGCAGUCAGACCUGAUCCACGCCAAGAUCCUGGAAUUGCUCGUGUUGGGCAUCGGGGUCAACUGCGCCUACACCACCAAGAUUAUGCCUCCAGAGAAGGAGGGCGGGCUUCCCCGCCAGAUAGGAAACAAGACUGAAUGUGCCUUACUGGGAUUCGCCCUGGACCUGCACCGAGACUACCAGUCCAUCCGCAACGAGAUCCCCGAGGAGAAACUGUUCAAGGUGUACACCUUCAACUCUGUAAGGAAGUCCAUGAGCACCGUGCUGAAGAACUACGACGGCAGCUACCGAAUGUUCAGCAAAGGCGCCUCUGAGAUCCUGCUCAGGAAGUGCUGUAAGAUCCUGACGGCCAGCGGCGAGGUCAAAGCCUUCAAAUCUCGGGACAGAGACGAUCUGGUGACGAAGGUGAUCGAGCCGAUGGCGUCUGAGGGCCUGAGGACCAUCUGCCUUGCUUACAGAGACUUCCCCUCCGCUGACGGAGAGCCGGACUGGGACGACGAGGGCCAAAUCCUGACCGGCCUCACCUGCAUCGCUGUGGUCGGCAUCGAGGACCCUGUGCGACCCGAGGUACCAGACGCCAUCAGAAAGUGCCAGCGGGCCGGGAUCACUGUCCGCAUGGUGACCGGAGACAACAUCAACACGGCCCGUGCCAUCGCCUCCAAAUGUGGCAUCCUGCAGCCUGGAGACGACUUCCUGUGUCUGGAGGGGAAAGAGUUUAACCGACGGAUCCACAACGAUCAGGGAGAGAUUGAACAGGAGCGUAUCGAUAAGAUUUGGCCAAAGCUGAGAGUCCUGGCUAGAUCGUCUCCAACGGACAAACACACUCUGGUUAAAGGUAUCAUCGACAGCACGGUGCUGGAGCAGAGACAGGUCGUCGCGGUAACCGGAGACGGGACAAAUGAUGGACCCGCCCUCAAGAAGGCGGAUGUCGGCUUCGCCAUGGGCAUCGCGGGGACGGACGUGGCGAAGGAAGCGUCUGACAUCAUCCUGACGGACGAUAACUUCAGCAGCAUCGUGAAGGCCGUGAUGUGGGGCAGGAACGUCUACGACAGCAUCUCCAAGUUCCUGCAGUUCCAGCUCACCGUCAACGUGGUCGCCGUCAUCGUGGCGUUCACCGGAGCCUGCAUCACCCAGGACUCCCCCCUGAAGGCGGUGCAGAUGUUGUGGGUGAACCUGAUCAUGGACACGUUUGCGUCUCUGGCUCUGGCCACCGAGCCUCCGACCGAAGCUCUGCUGCUCAGGAACCCGUACGGACGCAACAAGCCGCUCAUCUCCAGAACCAUGAUGAAGAACAUCCUGGGACACGGAGUCUACCAGCUCACCGUCAUCUUCACGCUGCUGUUCGCUGGUGAGAGGAUUUUCGACAUAGACAGCGGGAGGAACGCCCCCCUUCACGCGCCUCCCUCGGAGCACUACACCAUCGUCUUCAACACCUUCGUCCUCAUGCAGCUUUUCAACGAGCUCAACGCCCGAAAGAUCCACGGAGAGAGAAACGUGUUCGAGGGCGUCUUCAACAACCCCAUCUUCUGCUCCAUCGUCUUUGGAACCUUCCUCAUACAGUUCUUCAUCGUACAGUUUGGAGGGAAGCCGUUCAGCUGUGUCAGUCUGACACCGGAACAUUGGCUGUGGUGCGUCUUCCUGGGAGUCGGCAGCCUGCUGUGGGGACAGCUGGUGUCCAGCGUUCCCACCAGCUGGCUGAAGUUCCUGAAGACGGCGGGACACGGGACGCAGCGGGAGGAGAUUCCUGAGGAGGAGCUGGAGGAGAUGAAGGACCUGGACGAGAUCGACCACGCUGAGAUGGAGAUGAGGAGAGGACAGGUGCUCUGGUGCCGAGGCCUGGGACGCAUCCAGACACAGAUCCGGGUGGUGAACGCCUUCAGGGACACCAUGUCUCCGUAUGAAGGUCUGGAGACUCCGGAGUCUCGCAGUUCGAUCCAUAACUUCAUGAGUCAGCCGGAGUUCCGCAUCGAGGAGUCGGAGCCUCAGAUCCCGCUGAUCGACGAGGCGGACGGCGAGGACGACGCUCCCACCAAACGAAACUCCGUCUACAUCCCGCCGCCGCUGACCUCGCUGCCGCCUCUGCAGUUGCCGGGCAACCAGAACAACAACGCCAUGGACCGCGUGGCGCCGCUGCAGAAGGACGGCUCCAGGUCCGGUCUGCCGCCGUGUCCCGGGAGCCCGCUGCACAGCCUGGAGACCUCGCUAUAA